GCGAGUGAUGUGGCUAUAAGCCGUCGUAAGCGGCAGGGUGAAAAGGAUUUCGGAACGCUGGGUCGUAACUGUAAAAAAGAUGAACUUUUAAUUAAUAAAGAGAUAAAGAAUUUUGGUACCGUGGAAGAAGAUGGUUCGGAAUUAAAAGAAUUUCAUCGAAUGAGCAAGAAGAAAUAUCGUAGUCUUCCUGUUCCAUCGUUAAGGAAGUCUCAAGUAAUGGAUGAAAAUUCAAAACUACUUGUUGUAGACAAACGACGUUUUUGUAUGGUUGAUCCUUUUAUUCCUACUCAUCAUAGGAGUAAUACCAUAGACUCUACACGAACCUAUGCUUCUUUUUUCGGUUUUGAUGGUCAAUCACAAUCUCAACAUGAAAAUUUUUCAAAAAAAGAUUUUACCAUGGUUGAUGAUAAUUCAAAGGUUAAAUUGGAUUUUAUAGAUGAAUCUAAUGAAGAAUCUCCUGCAACUAUUUUGGUGGCCAAAAAAGCUAUUCUCACAAGGCAUGGUCAAUUUAGUGUUCAGUCUGCUCGUUUAAUUCGAGGUGGUUCUAUACAAGGAUAUGGUCAUGUUAUUAGAAAGAAUAGUGAUAAACGAAAAAGUGCUUCUCAUUUCGGUGUCACUCAAGUCAAACUUAAUACAAAAAAUGUAUUAAGAUUUUCAUCCUUAAUCACCGAUUCAACCUCACCUUCAACGUCAAUGGAUUAUUUUAAUGAUAUUAAACCAAUGAUUUUUUAUUUGAAUUAUAUGGAUCAAAUGCCAAUAACUGAACCUGAAACUACUCCAGAAAAAUCAAUAAAUAUACAGGAAAUCAAGAAAAUAGGUCCAAGACCAGGUUCUUGUCAAUGUGGAAAAAAGGUUGCUUGUGUUGGUUAUUCUGCUAAUUGGUGUCAAAGUUGUGAAUCAAAACAAUUUGAAAAUACUUUUGGUACAUGGUCAAGUGGAAAUGAUGAUAUUGAUUGUUUUAUUUUGGAAUCUCAACUUGAUGCUACAAGUUGUUUUGAUUGUUUGGAAUGGAUUCCUUAUCAUAGAUUAUAUGAUAUUCAGUAUGUUUGUUCAGGUCGUUCUGGAAAUAUUUUUCAUUCAAUAUGGCUCGAUG